CCCAUCCUCCGGGUUUUUUUUCUGGUGGGGGAGGGGGCACGUCUCGGCGAGUCACGGUGAUGGCGGCCACCAUCCUGUGGUGAGGUAGCGGAUUCUCUGCGGCUCUCGGAGAGACCCUCGCGCCGCCUGCGGGCCCGGUGGCUGGCGCGUGAGGAAGCACCGCGGGCCGGGCUUGCGGGGAAGGCGGCAAGGACCGGCGGCGCGGCCAGGGAACGAGGGGCCCGGGGCGAGGGAGCCUCGGCGGGGCGAAUGUGACAAGCCCCCCCACCCCCACCGCCUUCCUCUUGAGAGCGCGAGGACCGCGGCCACCCCGGGGCGCCCAGGCCCCGGCGCAGGCACCAUGCAGGUCACUCUGAAGACCCUUCAGCAGCAGACCUUCAAGAUCGACAUCGACCCGGAGGAGACGGUAAAGGCACUGAAAGAGAAGAUUGAAUCUGAAAAGGGGAAAGAUGCCUUUCCAGUAGCAGGUCAGAAGUUAAUCUAUGCAGGCAAAAUCCUCAGUGAUGAUACUGCUCUCAAAGAAUACAAAAUUGAUGAGAAAAACUUUGUGGUGGUCAUGGUGACAAAACCCAAAGCAGUGACAGCACCAGUGCCAGCGGCAACUCAGCAAUCGAAUGCUCCCACCACUACUGCAGUUAGCUCCUCCACAGCAACAGUUGUGGCUCAGGCUCCAACUUCCACCCCUGCUUCAGCUCCCACUUCCACACCUGCGUCUACUACUCCAGCCUCAACUCCAGCAUCUUCUGAACCCACACCUGCUAGUGCAACUCAGCCUGAGAAACCUGCAGAAAAGCCAGCGCAGUCACCAGUGGUUACUAGCCCAGCACCAGCUGACAGUACACCAGGAGAUUCUUCCCGGUCAAAUCUUUUUGAAGAUGCAACAAGUGCCCUUGUGACAGGUCAGUCUUACGAGAAUAUGAUAACUGAGAUCAUGUCAAUGGGCUACGAACGAGAGCAAGUAAUUGCAGCCCUGAGAGCUAGUUUCAACAAUCCUGACAGAGCUGUGGAAUAUCUUCUAAUGGGAAUCCCUGGAGAUAGAGAAAGUCAAGCUGUGGUUGAUCCUCCUCCCCAAGCAGUGAGUACUGGAACUCCUCAGUCUCCAGCAGUGGCGGCAGCUGCAGCAACCACCACAGCAACGACAACUAGUGCUGGAGGCCACCCCCUUGAAUUUUUACGGAAUCAGCCUCAGUUUCAGCAGAUGCGACAAAUUAUCCAGCAGAAUCCUUCCCUGCUUCCAGCUUUGCUACAGCAGAUAGGUCGAGAGAAUCCUCAGUUGCUGCAGCAAAUUAGCCAACACCAGGAACAUUUUAUUCAGAUGCUAAAUGAACCAGUUCAGGAAGCAGGUGGUCAAGGUGGAGGAGGAGGUGGUGGAGGUGGUGGAGGCGGAGGAGGUGGCGGAGGUGGAAGUGGAGGAAUUGCAGAAGCUGGAAGUGGGCACAUGAACUACAUUCAAGUAACACCUCAGGAAAAAGAAGCUAUAGAACGGUUAAAGGCACUGGGAUUUCCUGAAGGACUUGUGAUUCAAGCAUAUUUUGCUUGUGAGAAGAAUGAGAAUUUGGCUGCCAACUUUCUUCUACAGCAGAACUUUGAUGAAGACUGAAGGGACUCUUUUGUAUCUCACACUCACACCAGUGCAUUACACUAACUUUGUUCACUGGAUUGUCUGGGGUGACUUGGGCUCAUAUCCACAAUAUUUGGUAUAUGGUAGUAGGUUGGUGGGGGCGGGAGGGAGGGAGCUAGGACAUAGGGCAGGGAUACAUACCGUGCAUGUCUGCUUCAAUUAGCAGAUGCUGCAGAUCCACACAGUGUAAAAUACUAUACAACCAAACAUCCGCCUUUGCAGGUCUUUAUUCUUCUAAGCAGUAGAUAACAUUUCCUGGGUUUCAUUCCUCUAGUGUAUUAGAUCCAGAAAUUUAGUGUGAUGCCCUGCUUUCUCUUUUCUUUGACUUAACAUUGGUUUCUGAAAGAAUCUUUGCUACCUAGAACCUAUAGUCUGUUUUAUGGCAACACUGGAUAAUGGCUUUUUGAAAUUGGAAAAAGAAAUUGGAGCACCUGUAAAAACAGAAAUGCCAAAUUAUUGAUGGUCAUUGUUGCUGCUUCACGUUGAUAUGAAAUUGAUGCGAAAGGAAGCCCGUUCUUCAUGUUCAGUCCUUGGGGUGGGGAGGGUAGAAAGGGGACUUUUCUUAAAAUGAAAAUAAUUACUGCUAUUUUAAAAUUACCUGAUUAUUGAAUGUGAGACCCUCUAACAUGAUUUGAGAAGCUGUACACAUAUAGGCAGAGUUAUUUUCCUGUUUACAUUCUUUGUUUGUUGGGGGAAAUUGGUAGGUGUCUAAUUACUGUUUACUUCAUUGUUGUAUUGCAGUAAAAAGUUUAAAACAACCAUUGCAUGUUUGCUUUUGAUGUAUCCCUUUGUGAAAUUAGCACUUUUGGGGCCAAUGAAGAAAUGCAGCAUUCAGUCUCCUUACCCUUCCCUUUCCUCAGUAGAAAUGCGUUUGUCAGCAGGUCAUGAGUCAAACUGCUGCCUUUAAAAAAGCCACAAAAUGCUGAUUCAGUUCAAAAUUAAUGCAAAUCUUUCAAAAUUGGGUUUCUGAUAUUUGUGGAUGUCUUCAUUAGAUAAGAAUGUAUUACCAUUAAAUCCAUUAGUAUUACAUUGCUUUCAAAGAGGAGGUGGGUGGGGUUAUAAUCCAGCAUCUUUUACUGCAUUUAAAGUUGGGAGAAAACUUUUGUAUGGUCGGGAGAUGUGGCUGGAAAGUACUUUGGAAAAUAUACAAUCAAGAUAUCUCGUGGCAUAUUAAAAGAAAAAUCUCAAUCACAGUGUUGACUUUUAUUUGGAAUUUGCUCAUCUCAGUUUUUCUUUGGAAACUCCCUCAUUAGUAUUGCUGUUUGAUGGUAAGAGGGGCCACGUGCCAUCUUGUUGAAUUUGUCAAAUCUUCUUUUCCUGAAUAUAAACAAAGUAUUGAAAGAAGUAAUGUCUCCCACCAUCUCAUUCCAUGUGAGAAGAUGGCUUUGCAGACCCCUUGCCCAGUCUCCUGCACUGUGCUCAAUACCACUUGGUGAUUGAUGACUCUUAAGCUUGCUCGUCAUGCGCUCACAACCUGUUUCGUGAAAAUAAAUGGAACCAUGAUUUGCCUUCACCAUA